CACAAUUAACUCAUUAGUGAGCCAGCCACACAUUCUUCCUUCCUACGUAUAUAGUCGGCUGGGCAUAUCACAAUCACUAGUGUGUCAGUCAGUGCAGAAUCAAGAGUUGAGUAGCUAUAGCAGUUAGUCAAGACUGGUUACCUGAAACAUUGAAACGCCAUUGUGAGAUGUCUUCAGUACAGAAAAGACGCAUGGAGAAUGGUGCAAGGAGACCCGAAGACUAUGUCAACGUGGGGUAUGCCUUCGAAGCAAUGGGAGCAAGAAACUUUCUUGCAUCCAUUGGCACUCAGCGAAUCACACCAGAUUCCCCUGAGAGAGCUACGAGCAGAUACAACCUCUCAGGCAACACAGACAGUAUCAACGACGGCAGGGGUCGGCAGAAACGAGAGAAGGGAACAAAAAACAAAACGAAGAUGCUAUAUUCAACUCUUUUGGAGGAAACAGACAGCUCAAGUAUGGACGGUUUGUCGGUUUCCUCUGAGUUGUUGGAGGCCAGAGCACGCGAGGAGGAGCAUUACAACAAGCUCAAGCUUAAUAUAAAUCAAUUGGAGGACAAGCGGGUACGUAAAGGAGUCAGCGUGCUGUAUGCUGACAGAGUCAACGGUGACAUCGGAUUCAGAAAACGUACGCCCUCGGGCUCGAGAAUGACCCGUCCUGUCGUUAUCCCCGCAAGUCACUUAGAACAGUACCAGGUACGACCGAGUUUCUUGACAGCCAAAAAUGAAGGUCAUGUUAACAGCGUACACUCCGUAUCAGGAAAGCCUAUGUCACAUUCUAGCUCAAUUCUUUGGAAAAAGGCUAUCUUAUCAAAAUCCUUCUCUACCGGAGAUAUGUGCAGAAUAGCAACAGAGGGAACAGAUGGUCACGAAGGUGACGGAAAAAAUAGAGGUCUCACUCAAAGAAGCCACUCUUUCACCGACAUUGCUCAAGCAUCUGUAGGCAUGGAGGCAGCUGCAAACAGAAAGAUCCCUAGGAGACGAUACGAGAAUGUAGGGCCUAUAAACAACACACCUGACAUCAAAGUAGAGGCAGAAGAGGAUCAAGUACAGCUGAGACCGCGGUUAGACAGCUCACGAAACAAGGACGAACACAGCAAGCAAAGACACAGUGUGUUGAGGUACAGCACCUCUACAGCUGAAGCAAUUUACAGUAACACAUAUGCAACAAGCGAGAGCUACCCGCUGUCUGAUCGUGCAUCACCCUCGCCUUACUUAUCUCCCACAAGAUCACCCCAAAGGUAUCCAGAUAUGAAACUAUCUCGUCUCUCCCCUCUAGCAAGACCAUCCGACAUGAAGAGUGCUCCACUGUCACCUCUCCUGCAAACUGUCAACCUUCACAAUGACACAUGUCCUAUCACAUGCACCUGUCAUGGAAUAAAUUUCAUUGACACCAUAGUCACCAUCCCAUGUGACAGCAACGGUGGCGAGUAUGUAUCAGAGGCUCACGAUUUCAAGAUUGUCAUUCCCAAAGGAGCGAUAAAGAAACGGCUAAUGGUGGAGCUACAAAUAGGAGUCACACUACAGGGUCCAUUUCAGACCCCACAAAACAUGAGUGUUGUUUCACCUAUUGUGUGGGUGGGUAUGAUACCAGAUGUAAAACUAAAGAAACCGAUGGAAAUUGAGCUGCCACAUUUUCUGGAUUUAACACACAGUACACGCAAGAGUGAGAUUUUUCUAAGGGCCGCAGAUAAGUCGAAGACACGCUACACAGCAAAGAAAUACGCGUUUAAAGAAGCUACGGAUGGCCAGGGAAUCAUACGGGAUAGCCAUGGAAUACUGCUAUCAAAACAUUGCGGCUUUUUCUGCAUUGCUUCGAACAACCUCUCAAAGCAACAGGCUCGAUGCUGUCUGCUAACAGUGCUACCAAAGCCUAUCUAUAGCAACACUUGGAAGAUGCAUUACUGUGUCACCUACCUACUCAAGUCAUGCAUACAGAUGGUCCAGAAACAGUUUGGUGGUGACUGGGAGAUUUUGCCACCUCGGAAGUUCACGUUUUCCGGCAAAGCUAUUGAGAUAGGCUUUGAGAGACAGCUGCUGGAAGCUGGGUGGAUCCUGGCUCUGGAGUCCAGCCACAAGAUCCUGGCUAGUGAGGUGAGCCUGUGGAGCAGUGAAGAUGGGCGUAGCAUCUCCAUUCACCCCCCUCGGUUCACCAUCAGGGUACAUGGCGGCGAGGCAAGGAUGUCAUCGAUGGCUCAGAUACGAUUCACUGGCUGCUCUGAGGAGAUGAGCUCUGAGAUAGUGCUCCCGUUGAGAGCAGUUAUCAGUAACGGAGGCACUCCACUCAGCACCCCCACAUCCUCUCUGUUCAGCCAUCACCACGGUAGCAGUCAGGAGAGUAGCUUCAUGACCACACCAGCCGCCCCUACUCAAGUGACUAGACUCGGCUGGCAAUGCCACAGUCCUAGCUGUCGGUGUGAUGAGUGUUGUCAUGACUACGACCACCUCCCCUCACUAGGGGAACUGAGACAGACUCAUGUUCAACUAACAUACAACAACGGUCACAUAGACCUGCCUAGUGACGAAGACCUGAGGAACAUUGCAACCAAGGUGACCCAAUGUGUCCAAGGAGACUGGACAGCACUACAGGCAACGCUAGACAUACCCGACUACACUAUGCUGGAUGUGCUGAGUCAGCGCUCUAUAGAGCUACAAGUGUACAGACUGCUUAAAGAAUGGAGGAAUCACGCUAAAGACUGCUCCAAGGACAAAUUAGCUGAAUGUUUGGCUAAGGCUGAUCACAGAUUGGAAGCAGUGUCUAUGGAUCUUGUAGGGAAAUGGAGUUAAACACAUCACACUAUACAUUAAACUUUACGUAUCCACAUUUCUGUAUUUUGUGUAUGUCAGUUUUCAUUUUCAUUUACCAAUUCACUUAAUUAACAAAAAUAAUUUUAGAAUAAUGUAUAAUUAUGGUAAAGAUCAUUAUCACUAAAAGUCAACAUAUAGUGUUAUCAAAAAUUACUUGUACAGACAA